CCCCAAAUUAGCGUACCAUACAUCAAGAUGGCAGCUUCCACAGAAAACAUGAUUAAAAAACAUUUCGAGAAGAAUUGUCGAACAAAAGAACAUAAUGGGGUUCACUCAUCGAAAGUUCACUCUGUAGCAUGGAAUUGUGAUGGCACUAUGCUUGCAUCCGGAUCGUUUGAUAGAAAUGUUUGUGUCUUUUCGCUGGAUAGAGAUAGGAUGACCAGAGAAGCAACGUACAAGGGUCAUGUCGGCAGUGUGGAUCAGUUGUGCUGGCAUCCCAGAAAUCCAGAUGUGUUUGUGACCGCAUCGGGAGACAAGACGAUCAGGAUAUGGGAUACCAGGUCUGCCAAGUCUAUAUCAACUAUAGCUACAAAGGGUGAGAACAUCAACAUUUGCUGGAGUCCUAACGAGCAGUACAUCGCUGUCGGCAACAAGGAUGACCUUGUGACCUUUGUAGAUGCUAGAUCUAAUCGUAUCAUCAGCGAGGAACAAUUUAAGUAUGAAGUGAAUGAGAUCUCUUGGAACAACGACAGUGAUCUUUUCUUUUUAACGAAUGGGCAUGGUCACAUAAACAUCCUAAGCUUUCCAGACCUGAAACCUCUGCAGGAACUCAGUGCUCACCCAGCCAACUGCAUAUGCAUUGAGUUUGAUCCAACGGGAAGGUACUUUGCCACUGGAAGUGCCGAUGCCCUGGUGAGCCUUUGGGAUGUUGCCGAGCUGGUUUGUGUCAGGACCUUCUCAAGGUUAGACUGGCCUGUGCGUGCCUUGAGCUUCAGUCACGAUGGGCAGCUCUUGGCUUCUGCCUCUGAAGAUCUCAUCAUAGAUGUGGCUCAUGUGGAAACAGGUGAAAAGGUAACAGAAGUCCACUGCGAAUCGCCGACCUUCACUGUGGCCUGGCACCCCAAGAGGUACCUGCUUGCAUUCGCUUGUGACGACAAGGACAAGUAUAACAGAGAGAGGGAUGCGGGUAGCAUCAAACUGUUUGGAUUACCCAGUGAUUGAUGACAAGAACACCAUGGCAACUUGUGAUCAGAACUCUUGAUGUAGAGGAUUUAAUAAUAAACAAUGCAAAAGCCAACUGUGACAGAUGACAGAAGGGCUCUGGCAACAUUUGCUCCAAUGGAUAGUCUGCACGUUAAGCCGAACAUGAAGCCUAACCUUCAAACUUAAUAAACACUAACAGGAAAUAAUUUCACUUCUCAAAUAUGAUUAGCAUUUGUGGUUGUUAGAGAAAAGCUUUCAACUAUGUUCUGUACAGUUCUAUGUAAAAAAUUGCUACACAAGUGAAAUUUUGUGUAGCAGUCCUAAAAUUACGUGGAGCAAAUUGCGAUGCGAUACCAGGAAAAUUAUUCCCUGAGUAAUUCUUAUCUUUUAUGUAUAUCAAAAAGAACUGUUGCUGUUCUAGCGCAAUGAGGGUCUCUAGACAAUGUGUGCGCUCAAUAAGACAUCACUAUUAUUAUUAUUAAUUAUCAUUUCCAUUAUUUCUGAACCAAAAACUCUAUUACAAUCCUAACUCUAACCCUAUGCCCUCUGAAAUAUUGAGAGAGGAGCAUAUGUCAGGUCACCGACAGAAGAUGUAAUGAAGGUAUUGAAAGUUGGUGUCUAAAGGCAGUCCGUUGGCAGUGAAAGUGUGUUUCUUUGGUGUCCAGUGCAGAUUUGUGUAUUCAGAGAUAUCCUCAUGGUCAAGACUAGCUUGGAAACGCAUUUGACGAGCAAAGUAUACAAGAGGCUACAGAAGUUCAGCUGAUGCUAGGUGCAACAUAACAUUCAGAAAGCAUUUUAUGAAGAAGAGUCUUUGUCAGUGGUUUUCACUGACUCCUGUUAUAAGCUACCAAAAUCUUUCUAUCUGAUUGGCUUAGAGGAAAUAUAUCAGUGAAAAUCACAGAAUGAUUUUUUUCAUGAAAUGUUCUCAAUGACAGUCCGCUGGCCAUGCCAUACUGCAUUACUGUCAUGGGGUAGCUGGGUGCAUAGCAAUAUAUGCUGAGGGGAGAUUUUGGCCGACUAUCAGUUUAUUUUUUUACCAGACCUUGAGAUAAGCUUUUUGUGGCACCACCAUUCUCAAACUUUGCUCAAAUAUGAUAUUCACCAAUCGAUUGCCUUUUGAUUGAUAAACCAUCUUGUUGAGAAAAUAUUUUCUUUUUUUAUGAAAAUGAUUAACGAGCUAGGAUAUUUGUUUCAUAUUUUUAAGAGACUCCAAAGAUACGGUUGCCGCAAGAAUGUGUACAGUGGUAAAGGGGACUUGAGGUGUCACUUGUUCUAAUCUCAGUAUGUCCACAGCCAAUUAACCUAAUACUUGUAACAUCUUGUCCAUUUUCCACUUGGCCCACUUAUAGUUUAACCUACUUUCCACUUGCCAAUUUCUUCUUGUAUCACUCUUAGCCAGACACCGUUUGGUGUGUCUGAAUAGGGUAACAAGUUACAAACUUAGUCAAUAUCAGGUUAAGUAGAAAAAGUGAAUAAAAGUGAUGGAUUGGAUUGAAAAGCAGUUUUGCCAAGGUGGUGGAUGGUCAAAACAAUUGAUUUCCCCUUACUGAAGAUGCAAGACAAUCUAGGAAUGGUACCAAGUCAUGAAAAACAUCUUGAGCAAAAUCUAUCCCCCAAAUAUGUUGUAGUUGUCACCAAAGUCAUAUAUCUUUUUGUGAAAAGGCCUGUUGGUAUGAGCGACUGUAAUCUUAUGUCAUCUAAUGAGUAUGACUCAGUAAGCAAGCAAAGUUUACUUCUUUUUUUUUUUUUUACUUAAAUGAUCAGUGGCAAAUCUCUGCUGCAUGUAUUUCAUUCCAUAAGUAAAGGCCACCGCACACCUUACGACUGUUCGCGAUCCGAUUUUAGAAUAAAACGUAGUAGAAUUUGAUGCUAAUAUUGAGACAUGGAAUGUCUUCAAGUGUAAUGUUCUAAAUCAUUGUACGAAUACCUAUGUUCAAAUCCUUGACUAUGCCAUCAUCCUUCUUAAAAUAAAAGCAAAUUUAAUAUCUAGUCGUAAUGACGUCAUAGCAGUCGUACGAUUGACUACGAUCUGAAACUAAUUUGGCCUUUACUCCAAAAUAAAGGCUUGCAAUCUUUCAAAAUGGUUAUAUUAGUAUUCUUUCAAUUAAUUUUAACCUCAAAUGAAAUAUGUUCCAUUCACAUUUUCAGAAAAUGAGGUGUGCGGUGGCCUUAAGUGAAUUAAGCAACAGAAAUGUUCUGUUAGUCCACAACGCAAUCUAUUUUAGAGAGAAUUCAACUAUGAUAUAUCUUUGAAUCAAAAUGGAGGUGAAUGUUUUUCAUUGUAGUCAACAUGGAAUAAGUUGUAAGGAUGUAACAUCGUAUUCAGUAUGGCAUAGACAGUUUGACCAACAAAUUUAAGUACAAGUAUGUAUUUUCAUAAAAUCCUAUUCCAAAGAAUUUCUUUUAAAAAGUUGAAAACAAACACCUUGUCAUAUUUUUCUCAAAGCUUCCCCAGGUUAAAUUCUGUAAAUUAUUUUUUUUAAGGGUCAAUCUUAAUUGCCAAUUCUCACGCAUUUGUAUUUUUACAAGCCAUGACAAUUGACAAAUUGAUUGACCAACAUUUUUGGAGAAAUUUUCAAAGUUUCUUUAUAAGUAUUUCUCACAUGUUUUGUGUUUCAUACUCGUCAUACUGUAUAUGUUCUGUAAAUAAUUUUAGUAAAAAAAAUAAAAAUGAUACUGGAAAGUAUACUUGUAGAAAACA